AUGGAGCUCAACACAAACACAUCGUCUGAAACCUCUCAGGCGGCGACGCUAUCGCCGGCCGUAGCCUCUCGCCAUUGCGACUCUAUAGUCUUGAGAGGAGCGGCUCUUAAUGGACCAAUUUCUCUCGAGAACGGGAAGAAGCGCGUGGAGAACUUCCGGCUCUGGCUUGCCUCUAUAGCCACUUUCAAGAGUAUUGCCACGACGACCUAG